AUGAGAGAAUUUUGGAGCUACGACGUGGCGAGAAUAUAUCUCUUUUCAAGAACAAAUUGCAGCAUGCUUUUCACUUUGUUUGUGCUGAUACUCUGUUACUUGUCGUCUAUGACAUCGGCGGUGCGCUAUACCGAGUAUAUUCUGACUCCAUCCUCUCGGACCUUAUACCCGGUGUCUGUAUACAACAUCAAUGGCACAGUCAAAAAUGCCGCUGGCCUCGUAAAUUCCACCGCAGCGGCCACUUUUACUGGCCAAUGUGCCGCAACUUACGACUUUGGGAAAAAUAUUGCCGGCAUUGUAUCAUUUGACUUCAAUACUAGUGGUGAUGCUGGAGAAACACACAUUGGAAUCAGUUUCACUGAGAGUUCUUUGUGGAUUAGCAGCGAAGGCUGUGAUGCAACGGCAGAUGCUGGCAUUGAUCAAGCCCUCUGGUUCGAGAUUUCCGGUGCUGGCCACCGUCAAGCUUCGAAGGAGCAUCAGCGCGGCGGAUUUCGUUACCUUAGUGUUUAUCACAAUUCUACCGAUGAUGUGAGACUCUCCAACCUUUCUGUCCACUUCACAGCAGUUCCCCAGAAGAGAGAAUCGGACCUUCAAGCUUAUACCGGAUUCUUUCACACCAACGAUGAGCAACUAAACAGGGUUUGGUAUGCGGGCGCCUAUACAAACGAACUCUGCACCAUCGACCCGACUGCAGGUGAUGCUUUGAAUUACCUUGGGACUAUCAACUCGAGCAGUACCAUCAAUUCACCUCUGCCAUGGUACCUCAAUUACACAAUUGCCACAGGUGCAAGUGUAUUAGUUGACGGAGCAAAACGCGACCGUCUCGUUUGGCCAGGCGACAUGUCGAUUGCUGUCCCAUCCAUUUUCGUGUCCACCAACGAUCUUUCAACAGUGAGGAACUCCCUAGAUUCCCUCCUCCGACUACAGAAUUCUUCGACAGGGGCCUUACCGUAUGCCGGGGUGCCGUUUGGGCAAGCGAUGCCUGUCUUCAGCUUUACAUACCACCUGUAUUCUCUGAUUGGUAUCUAUGAUUACUACUUAUACAGUGGUGACGAGGCUUAUCUUGCGAGAAACUGGGAGCGCUUCAAAUUCGGGCUCAACUACUCCAUCAGCUUCAUCGAUCCAUCAGGCAUGGCAAAUGUCACGACCUCGGCGGAUUGGUUGCGGUUUGGCAUGGGCGCCCAUAACAUCGAGGCCAACGCCAUCCUGUAUCACACCCUCAAUCUAGGAGCGACGCUCGCUAAUGUCAUGAACGAUACGACAGUGUCAGCAUGGUCUCGAUACGCGGCAGGAAUCAAGAACGCGACAAAUGCCCAACUGUGGGACCCUGAUGCGAAUCUAUACCGUGAUAACGACACUACUCCAUUUACCGAACUCCACCCGCAAGAUGGCAACGCGUGGGCAGUCAUUUCGAACCUCACCACCUCAUCGGCGCAGAAUAUCAACAUCUCCAACGCCCUGGCCGCGCGUUGGGGCCCUUACGGCGCUCCUGCCCCAGAAGCCGCCGCCACAGUCUCGCCAUUCAUAUCGGGCUUUGAACUACAAGCGCACUAUCUCGCAGGCCAAGCGAGCAACGCUGUGCGACUGAUGAAGCUCAUGUGGGGAGAUUUCAUGCUGGACGAUCCGCGAAUGACGAAUAGCACGUUUAUCGAGGGAUACUCGACGAACGGAGAUCUACAUUACGCUCCGUACAGCAAUGACCCACGCAUCUCGCAUGCCCAUGGCUGGGCAACUGGGCCAACGAAUGCAUUGACGUUCUACGCUGCCGGUCUCCAGGUUACUGGCGCUGCUGGAAGAACAUGGAAGAUAUCGCCUAUGUUGGGUGGUCUAGCCUUUGCUGAGGCCGGCUUUCAGAGCCCUCUAGGACUGUUUGAGAUCAAUGCGACGUCAGUAGAGAACGGUGGCUUGAAUGUCACUUUCAAUACUCCAGCGCAGACAACCGGAAGUGUAAUCUUUGCGCACCAGACUGGUGUUAGAGGACAUGUUAUAGUCUCCAAGGUCCAAGGAGGUACUCGACUUACCAAGAGAGUGACGAUCUCUCUUGGUGGAGCGGGCACAACGGAGAUUCAUGGUCUACGAGGUGGAAGCUAUGAGGCGAGUCUUAUCGUACACCAAGUAUAG